AGUAUUUUGGCUUUCGUUUUAAAUUUAUUGAGUGUUGUCGCAGUUUUUUCCCAGUAUAUCAUUGAGCCGGUAUAUGUUAAUGAGUCGGCGUUGGUACCGCGAGUAGUAAACGGCUAUGUGGCUGCUUUGGGGGAUGUGCCCUAUCAGGUUAGUUUUAAAGCGAUCGCUACCCGUGUGUCAUACUACCAUACCUUCUGUGGCGGAGUCAUCAUUGGUCGUACUAAGCUGGUGACCGCAGCCCAUUGCUUUGAGGCCAGGAACUCUGAAUCCUCUGGUGAAUCUAUCGUACUAAGAAGUGAGGAAGUAAUGAAUAAGUUGGCUGUGGCCGGUACUUUGCUAAAUGGGGAAAUAUACCAAGCUGAAGACAAGCCAACGGGCGCACAGUGGAGAAAAAUAAGCACAGUCUCAUAUCCUAGCAGCUACAGGUUUCCAAGCAACGACAUUGCUAUUGUGAUCACAUUACUGCCAUUUAACUUUAACGAGCACAUCGCUCCAAUCUCUUACGCUAGAAGCUUUGAGGACUACAGAGGAGAGUGCUUGGUUUCUGGGUACGGACGAAGAUCUAAAAAGAAGAAGCUUACUUCAGACAAGUUGUUGCUUGCCACCUUAGAAGUGUUGCCACUUUAUUGGUGCACGAAGAUGCAUCGUAAGAAUAUGUCGAGUUUCAUCUGCACAUCAGACAAAAUUUCAGACGUUGCGCAGGGCGAUUCAGGCGGCCCGUUAGUUUGUUCCGGUACCAAAGAACACGAAGAAGGUUCCAAGGGCAUCCUGGUCGGCAUCGUCAGCGGCCACAGUAGGGCCGGCUCAUUCUUCACCAGGGUCUCCUCUUAUGCGCAGUAUAUCGGACCAAAUGAAGUCAACAGCGAUUAA